AUGAAGCUCGCCUCCUUCAUGGGAGCUUCGAGCCUCGCGCUUGGAGCUCUCGCCCAGCAACUCCCUCUCAAGACAGACAGCAGAUGGAUUCUGGACGAUGCUGGAAAUCGGGUCAAGUUUCGCUGCAUCAACUGGGCCGGCCAUAUGGAGACCAAUAUCCCGGAGGGCCUGCACAAGCAGUCUAUCGACACCAUCGCCGACUUAAUUCAGGCACAGGGGUUUAAUUGUGUUCGACUCACGUAUUCUAUCGAUCAUGCCUUGAACCCGGGAGUCACAGUCAAGGAUUCCUUCACGGCCGCUGCGGGCGCUUCGGGCAUUGCAGUCGAGACGUUGAACGACAUGUAUUCUCAGGUCGUCGAGAAGAAUCCGUUCACUGAGACAGGGACCACCCAGGAUGUCUUUAGUGCCGUUAUCAAGGCACUUUGGGACAGAAAAAUCAUGACUGUUCUUGACAACCAUGUCAGCAAAGCGAGUUGGUGCUGCAACCUGGAUGAUGGCAACGGCUGGUGGGAUAAAGCCCUAGCCUAUGUUGAGUCUAACAGCCGCUUUUUCAACACAGACAACUGGCUCAAUGGCCUCUCCGCCAUGGCGACCUGGGCGACGAGCCAGCCAGGCGUGGUGGCCAUGUCGCUGCGCAACGAGCUGCGCCCGUUUCCCGUCCUGCAGGACUUCAACGGCCACGCAGACUGGUACAACUACGUGCGGCAGGGCGGCGAGCGGGUGCACGAGGCCAACCCGGACGUGCUGAUCAUCGCCGGCGGCUCGCAGUCGGCGACGGACCUGUCCUUCAUCCGGGUCGAGAACCUCGACUACGGCGCGUGGGCCGGCAAGCACGUGUGGGAGAUGCACGCGUACAGCUUCACCGUGACGUUCCCGCGCCUGUUCGACAGCUGCGACGUCGUGCAGGCCGAGUACGGCGCCCUCGACGGCUUCCUGCUCGAGCAGGGCCAGCCCUGGACCGCGCCGCUCUUCGUCUCCGAGUUCGGCGUCGGCCUGACGGGCGGGCCCAACGACGGCCUCGGCGACGCCGACAAGAAGUACUUUGACUGCAUCAAGGAGUGGCUCGGCGGCAACGACGCCGACUGGGCCCUGUGGGCCGUCCAGGGCUCCUACUACAUCCGCGAGGGCGCCGCCGACGUCGAGGAGACCUGGGGCCUGCUCAAUGCGAACUGGGACGGCUUGCGGAAUGAGGCCUUCUUGCCCAUGAUGGCGGAUCUGUUCAAGGUGACGCAGGGUCCUUGA